CGUGUUUAGUUACUAUUAAUACGGUCACGGGUAGGACUUACAGUUCGUUAUAGUUUAUUAGUAAAAUGAUUUGGAGAACAAGUUUAUUUUUAAGCGUGACUGUAUAUUUUAUUGUGGUUGGAAGCCAUAUUGAGGGUCCAAAACAUGGCAAAGUGGCUGUGUGCUACGUGGCGUCUUGGGCGAUGUUCAGGAAGCCUCCUUUGAAUUUCGCGAUAUCAGAUAUAGAUCCAACAUUAUGCACUCACAUCGUCUACGCUUUCGCUGGUUUGGAUGGAGAAUCGCAUACUAUUAAAAGUCUCAAUCAAUGGCUUGAUAUAGAACAGGAUAGUGGAAACGCUGCCUAUAAAAAUCUGACCGGCAUCAAAAAGAAUUAUCCCCAUGUAAAAGUAACUCUGAGUCUUGGUGGUUGGAAUGAGGGUUCCGUGAAAUUCUCUACGAUGGCCAGUGACAAACGGAAAAGGACCAGAUUUAUCAGAAGCGUCACGCAAUAUCUUGUCAAAUACGACUUUGAUGGUCUGGACAUAAUGUGGAAAUAUCCUACUAUGAGAGGGGGCAGUCCUGACGAUAAAGAGAACUUCAUCACUUUAAUUAAGGAAUUAAAAGAGGCCUUUUUACCGUAUGGCUACAUAUUAUCCGCGACAUUGGGUAAUACCAGAGAAGUAAUGAGUACGGCGUACGAUUUAGUAAGCCUCAAUCGUUAUUUGGACUUGAUUUAUGUAAUUGGCUAUGAUUAUAAUGGACCCUGGGACAAAAUUGUUGGAGCAUCAGCCCCAUUAAGGGGCUUAAAUAAGCGGGAUGAAAAUAAUGUGGAAUACACCAUUAAGUACAUGCUCUCGUUCGGCGUAAGUCCUGACAAAUUAGUUCUCGGUAUACAAUUCCUCGGACGAACGUUUAUUUUAAAAGAUUCCGACGUCAAAGAUAUUACUUUUGGCAAAACUGAAGCCGAUAUUAAAGGAUUUUCUGGACCAUAUCUUAAUGGGACAAAUAUGUAUGCAUAUAACGAGGUAUGUCUAGAUUUGAAAAAUAAUUCCAAGUGGGUUUAUCAUUGGGAUGAAGUUUCUUCAACGCCGUAUUUGCGUGACGGACGUCGAAUUGUUUCCUAUGAUGACACUCGAUCUAUUGCCAAUAAAGUCAAAUUAGCCAUGGAUUAUAAUCUCGCUGGAUUCAUGAUUUGGAGUAUAGACAUGGACGAUUUUAAAGGAGUCUGUGACAUGCCAAACGAUACUUACACAGAUUUCAUUGAGAGAGUUAGUGAUAUAACAAAAGACAAAUUAUGGCAAGACUCUUUCAAGAAUCUUAAUAACCAAGCAGGUUUGGAGGGCAAAAUAUACGGCACACUAAGGGAUAAGCAAAUUCUCAGAUUACCAAAAAAGAUAUUCAAAAAUUAUCCACUUUUGAGGACAAUUCAUGAAGCGAUAGAUGUAACCGUAGAAGAGAAGAAGAUAGCAGAUGCGAUGAAACUGCUUACAACUAGUUUAAGAGAGGGGAGUAGAGUCAGUGAAACGCAGACGCCAUGUUAUAGAACUUGCUCAGAAGUAUGCUUUUAUGGGCCUGGUUAUUGAGAUUAAAUGAGAAAAUCUUA